UACGCUGAUCCUGCUGGGUGAUCCCAACUUCCGGCGUAAGAGGAGAAGUGUCUCACACGAUUACUGUGACGAGGCCUCACCCGUAGCUCGUCCAACGGGGUUUCGGUUCAGGAGCCAUGGCCCUGUGAUCGCCAGCAACUUAGCUCGUCAACUUUUUUGUUUUAUAUAAAAGAAAGGAAUAAACGUCGCUGCUAACGACGCUUUGACUAAACGCCACACCGGCAGAGCCACAGGUUUGAACGUCACCCCCCGCGACUGCCAGCUAGUUAGCUAGCUAAAGACGCAGCUAGCUAUUUAGCCAACCCAGCACCUCUAAAUUAGCUCCUGGUGUCCGUUUCAAGAUGUCAACGGCGGGGUUCAACUCUCAGAAUGGGACGGGGACGGGGCAGGCAUAUGCGAACGGUCCAUCACAGAAUCCAGUUGCCAUGCAGCAGCUCCCAGGGGUCAGCUAUGGCAUGACCCACCAACCAAUCUACAAUCCAAUGCAGUCCAAAGCUCCCGCACCCCCCGGCCCUGGACUUUACCCCUCUGGGGCAUAUCAGCCUAUUCCCCCAGGCAGCUCCUACCAGCCUGGCCAACCGCCCACUUCCUACCCAGCUCCCCUAGGCCAGCCAUUGUUGACCAGGCCUCAAAUGGGUGUUCCUCCAUCACAUACCCCUCCUCAGUCUGCCAGCCCUGGUCCCAGGCCGUCCCUUGCACAGGCCACACCGCCCCCUCCUGCAGCAUCCUCUAGUAGCUACUAUCCAAACCCCCAGCAGCUGCAGCCCAUGGCUCCAUCAUGGCAGUACAACACAGCUCCCCCACCAAUGGGGCCACCCACUUCCACAAGCACGCCUCCCCGAGGCCCUGUGGCAAAUCACGUGAACCCAUCUUCAAGUUCAACAGUCCCACCGCCACCACUGUCAUCAGCAGCAUACAGCUCAGGCCCCGGGAUGCCCCCUACCAGCCUGCAAGGAUAUAACCAGCCAGGCAUGGCUCCUCCACAAAUGAAUACCAUGGCUUCCCACACAUACCAUCCAAGCAGACCUGCCUAUGGGCCCCCAACUUCAGGACACCCAAAUUCAGGACCCCCACCCACAGGCCUACCACCUACAGGACUCCCACCUACAGGACCCCCACCUACAGGACUCCCAUCCACAGGACUCCCACCCACAGGCCUCCCACCUACAGGACUCCCACCUACAGGCCCACCACCUACAGGACUCCCACCUACAGGCCCACCACACUCCAUGAAACAUACACCACUUCCCACUGGACCCCCAGUGGCCAAUGUCACACCUCCUCCACCCAGAGCUGAUGCUCAGUGCGGGGCGACUUUUAACAGCACUCAGUCCCCCACUGAGCCCGACUGCCAGCAGGGGGAUAUUGAAUGUCCAGGAGCUGUGGCCGGCAAUGGUCCCCAAUCAUCAAACAGCUAUAAUCAUGUUGACAACAUAAUGGCUGGUCCUCCCCAGCACGGACCACCUGGUCGGCACUUGGGCCACUACCCCUCCCUCCCCCCUGGGUACCAGAACACACCGGCUCCACACAAAUCCCCCUCCCCCAUGCACCCUGCGAUGCAAAGCGCCACACAGCCUUACACUCAAUCAUCUCAGGCAUACCAGCAGCCACCUGGUGGCCCAGGGCCAGCCCAACUGAGCCCGUCCAUGGCGGCCAUGAGCCUCCAGUCCAGUACCCCAGAGGCACUAAGAGUGGUCAACCUGCUGCAGGAGAGGAACCUGCUGCCACCAAGCCCGACCCCUCCCCCAACACCCUGCCUGCCCCAGGACCUGCAGAAGAUUAACUGUAACCCAGAGGUUUUCCGUUCUACGCUGACCAGCAUCCCUCAGACACAGUCGUUGCUCAAUAAAGCCAAGAUGCCGCUGGGCCUGCUGCUCCACCCGUUCAAAGACCUCACGCAACUUCCUGUGGUGACUUCCAGCACCAUCGUCAGAUGUCGGUCCUGCAGAACCUACAUUAACCCGUUUGUCACCUUCCUGGACCAGAGGAGGUGGAAGUGCAACCUGUGCUAUCGGGUCAAUGAUGUUCCGGAAGAGUUUAUGUACAACCCAGUCAGCAGAUCGUAUGGAGAACCACACAAAAGACCUGAGGUCCAGAACGCCACCAUUGAGUUCAUUGCUCCUUCAGAGUAUAUGCUGAGGCCACCGCAGCCGGCUGUUUACCUCUUUGUUCUGGAUGUAUCCCACAAUGCAGUGGAGACAGGCUACCUGAAUGUGUUCUGUCAGUUGCUGCUGGAAAACAUCAACACGCUUCCUGGAGACUCGCGGACGAAGGUAGGCUUCAUCACCUUCGACAGCACCAUCCACUUCUACAAUCUUCAGGAGGGACUUUCUCAGCCUCAGAUGCUCAUCGUGUCUGACAUUGAAGAUAUCUUUUUACCAACACCAGACAGCCUUCUCGUAAACCUCAAUGAGUGCAAAGAACUUGUGCAGGAUCUCCUGAGGAGUCUGCCAAAUUUAUUUCAAAAGACUAUGGAGACUCAAUCUGCCCUGGGAUCAGCUCUGCAAGCAGCCUUCAAGCUGCUGUCGCCCACUGGAGGGCGUAUGUCUGUCUUUCAGACACAACUGCCAAACCUGGGUGUGGGGGCGCUGCAGUCCAGAGAGGACCCCAACCAGCGAGCGUCUGCCAAGGACAUCCAGCAUCUAUCUCCAGCGACAGACUUCUACAAGAAGCUGGCUCUGGACUGCUCCGGCCAGCAGGUGGCUGUUGACCUGUUCCUGCUCAGUGCUCAGUACUGUGAUCUGGCUUCACUUGGCUGUAUUUCGAGAUACUCAGCAGGGAGCGUUUACUAUUACCCGUCAUACCACCACCAGCACAGCCCUGCUCAGGUGGAGCGCUUCCAGAAGGAUCUGAAGAGAUACUUAACCAGGAAGAUCGGCUUUGAGGCCGUCAUGAGGAUACGCUGCACUAAAGGUAUGUCCAUCCACACGUUCCACGGAAACUUCUUUGUGCGCUCGACAGAUCUGUUGUCGCUCCCUAACGUGAACCCGGACGCUGGCUUUGCUGUUCAAAUGUCCAUCGAGGAAAAUCUGGACGACAUGCAGGCUGUCUCUUUCCAGGCCGCCCUGCUUUACACCUCCAGCAAAGGAGAAAGGAGGAUCCGUGUCCACACCUUGUGUCUCCCUGUGGUCAACUCUCUGUCAGAUAUCUUUUCUGGGGCAGAUGUUCAGGCCAUUACUGGGCUGCUGGCUUGCAUGGCUGUGGAUCGUUCAGUGGCUGCCAGUCUGGGUGACGCCAGAGAUGCGAUGACCAACGCUGCUAUUGACUCGCUGUCGUCAUACCGACAGUCUGUGUUGACCAUCCAGCAGCCCGGCCUGCUGGCCCCGGCCUGCCUCAGACUCUUCCCCCUUUACGUCCUCGCCCUGCUCAAACAGAAAGCCUUCAGGACGGGCACCAGCACCAGACUGGAUGACCGAGUGUUUGCCAUGUGUCAACUGAAGUACCAGCCACUGGUCUACGCCAUGCUGAUGAUCCAUCCUUCUCUGUACCGCAUCGACGACUUGAACGAUGAGGGAGCUUUGAACAUCAACGAGCGGACCAUCCCUCAGCCCAGAGUGCAGCAGCUGUCUGUGGAGAAGCUCAGCAGGGAUGGAGCUUUCCUCAUGGACGCUGGAUUAGUGAUUUAUCUGUGGAUCGGACGGAACUGCCACACCAACUUCCUCUCACAAGUCCUGGGAGUUCCCAGCUAUGCUGCCGUGCCUGAAAACUUGUAUAUGCUCCCGGAGCUGGACACUGCCGAGUCGCAGAGAACCAGGGCUUUCAUUGGUUGGCUGAGGGAUCAGAGGCCGUUCUUCCCCUCUGUGCAUGUCAUCAGGGACGAGAGCCAGCUGAAAAACAGCUUUAUGCAGAACAUGAUCGAGGACCGAACAGAGUCGGCCCUGUCGUACUACGAGUUCCUGCUUCACAUCCAACAGCAAAUCUCCAAAUAAUCUUCAGUGGGACUGUGGAGAUGAAGGAACACUGAAGCAAGGAUGCCCAUCAGUGUAUGUGUGCGCGUAUAUAUGUAUGUGGUGUGUGUGUGCGUGUGUGUGUGUGUGGCUGACUCGAGGAUGCCUCUUGCUCCAUUUCCAGCUGUGGUCCACCAUCUCUCUGAGGGAAAAACCUUCUGCGCUGAACUGAUGUGAAUCGUCACUCAAAUCAAACAAUGUGACGAACAAUGCAAAGACAGUGUGACAAAGAAACAUGUUUGAUGCUUUUUUUUGGCACUUUUUACCCAGCUGAAGAGAUGCAGCGGAAGAAAAAUAAGCAAGAAAUCCACGCCGACGAUAAUUAUGUUUGUUUGUCAGUGAUCGAAAGGAUCAGUGUUUAUUCUCAUAGAACAAUGCUGUCUGACUAAGGCAGCGCUUGGGUAGUGGCAGGAAUGGGAUGGUGUCAUGUGUUUUUGUUCCAAAAGCACACGUCUUUACCAAAACAAAUCAACCGUUAUGUAUGUUCGUAUGCGUGUCUGCUUCAGGUUUCUUAGGAGGGUUUGUAUGUCUGCGCUUGAAGACUGUUAUUGGGUGUCACCUGGAGUAUCUGCAUACAGAACACCUGAGCUCUAACAACACUCUAAUAUCGUACCGUAAAGACAGAAGGUGAGCUUUUUAUUUCUCAGUCAUUAUAAGUGUGUGUCGAACAAACGCGUAGACGCUGUCGGUAACAGGCUGAAAUGUUUGGAGGCGGAUGGAGCUCUCGGUCACUGCUGCCUUGAAUGUGUGGACUCAGCAGUGAAAAGUAGUUUUCAUUGGUCUGAUCUGGCAUCUUCUCCCUCUCUGGACAGGCAGAACACCUCUGAUGACAUCUUUGUUCUAUUUGUUUAUUUCUCUUUUUCCGAUUGUUUAAUUUAUGAGACUCCCUAACUGAUUAAAUUCUAUAAUUGCCUUGUAUGGGAACUCAGUUUUAUUAUGAAACCUCUGUUUAAAUACAGACUCUACAUAUGGAAUAUUUUAAUAUAAUAGGAUAUGGGAAAUUCUUUAACACAGACAUAACAAAGCCAUUGUUUUAACCAUGCUUAUUGAUACUUGUAUAUGAAGAGACUGCAUUAUAUAAAAGUGACAAAAUGCAGAUGAUUUUAGUAUAAAUAUCAUGGUGAAAUGACGCUAAGAAAAUAAAAUGUUUGGCACUUUUUAAAUGUAGUUUGUGUGUUGGUGGCUGAACAGUGUUUAUUCAGUGGAAAUGAAGACAAAAAACCACAAUAUGGACCAAUAUUGUCAAUAUUUCUCUUGACUGCGGUUGAAGUGAAGGUUUUUAAUUUGGUCUGAUUUCAUAUACGGUUUGUAAUCUAUGUAUUAUAUUAGCAGAAAUGUAUUUAGAGCAAAGAGAUAUGUUUUGGUCUUCAUGCACAAAUUGUCUUUCAUAAAAAAACUGAUCAAAAUAAAACUAUAGCCUGUGUUUGUACAGAGUAAAUCACA